AUGCGCAUGCGUGUUGAUUUGGAUUUGAUGUUUGCCAUUGCCUUCGCUUGCCCUCUUCUUUUGCAUUUGCUUAUGACUGUUCUUUCUUUCUUUCUACCUCUCUUUUUUCUUUCUUUUUUUCUUAAUCUUCACUUGGCUUUCAAAAUCUUCUUUAGCACGUUCAAAAAUAUAUUUUUCUUUCUUUCUUUCUUUCUUUCUUUCUUUCUUUCUUUCUUUCUUUCUUUCUUUCUUUUUUUCUUUCUUCUUCAUUUCCACUUGGUUUCCAACUAUUUCUUUCUUUCUUUCUUUCUUUCUUUCUUUCUUUCUUUCUUUCUUUCCUUCUUUCUUUCUUUCUUUCUUAAUUUCCACUUGGUUUCCAACUAUUUCUUUCUUUCUUUCUUUCUUUCUUUCUUUCUUUCUUUCUUUCUUUCUUUCUUUCAAAAUAUAUUUUUCCGUCUUUCUUUCCUUCUUUCUUUCUUUCCACUGAAGUUGAAAAUUUCGUGUUUCCCUCGACACGUUCAAAAAUAUAUUUUUCUUUCUUUCUUUCUUUCUUUCUUUCCUUUCUUUCUUUCUUUCUUUCUUUCUUUCUUUCUUCUUAAUUUCAACUUGGUUUCCAACUAUUUCUUUCUUUCUUUCUUUCUUUCUUUCUUAAUUUCCACUUGGUUUCCAACUAUUUCUUUCUUUCUUUCUUUCUUUCUUUCUUUCUUUCUUUCUUUCUUUCCAUUGAAGUUGAAAAUUUCGUGUUUCCCUAGACGUUCAAAAUAUAUUUUUCUUUCUUUCUUUCUUUCUUUCUUUCUUUCUUUCUUUCUUUCUUUCUUUCUUUUUCUUAAUUUCCCACUUGGUUUCCAACUAUUUUUUUCUUUCUUUUUCUUUCUUUUCUUUCUUUCUUUUUUCUUUCUUUCUUUCUUUCUUUCUUCCCGUCUUUCUUUCUUUCUUUCUUUCUUAAUUUCCACUUGGUUUCCAACUUUUAUUUCUUUCUUUCUUUCUUUCUUUCUUUCUUCCUUGAAAAUUUCGUGUUUCCCUAGACGUUCAAAAAUAUAUUUUUCUUUCUAUCUUUCUUUCUUUCUUCCCGUCUUUAUUUCUUUCUUUCUUUCUGUCUUUCUUUCUUUCUUUCUUUCUUUCUUUCUUUUUUUCUUUCUUUCUUUCUUUCCAUUGAAGUUGAAAAUUUCGUGUUUCCCUAGACGUUCAAAAAUAUAUUUUUCUUUCUUUCUUUCUUUCUUUCUUUCUUUCUUUCUUUCUUUCUUUCUUUCUUUCAUAAUUUUCACUUGGUUUCCAACUAUUUCUUUCUUUCUUUCUUUCUUUCUUUCUUUCUUUCUUUCUUUCUUUCUUUCUUUCUUAAUCUUCCCUUGGCUUUCAAAACUUUCUUUCUUUUCUUAA